AACUUAAUUGAAAUAGAAAUAAUUUUACCCGCGGUUUCCAAAUGACAUCGUUGCCUACAACCGCAGCGUGAAGAAGUUCUCUAAAAAACGUGCAUUUUUUUUCAAAACAAUCUGUUCGUGUUUGGAAUCUUCAAGCAUUUCUGGCUACUGAUCGUAAUUGAAAUGGAAAUAAUCGAUGCAAACACGGCUAUACUUAGCAAUUUCGAGGUUCUGGGACUUUUGAACAGUUCAAGAGUCAAAGGAGACCAAACAAGGAAUCAAAGUGGGUCCUUAGCCACCAUCACGUAUGAAGCCAUAAAAUAUCUUGAAGGCACGCCAGCUGCAGUACAGUCUGAGGGUUGUUUCAAGAAAUUUCUCGAGGAUGUGAAAAAGUUUGGACUGACUAAAAAAGAGAAAACCAUGAUCUUGAAUCUGAGGCCUAAAACUGACGUUGAAAUAUCACUGAUUGUCCAAUCUACAGAUCAGGAACGGUUGACUGAAGAACAAAUUGAGGAACUCAUAGAACUCAUUCAAAAUACUUUGCCAGAAUAAAUUUGUUUUAACCCUGAUUCUCAUUUUCACGUUCGUUAAAAACUUAACUCUGAAUGUAAACAAAUUACUAAAAACCGAGAAAGCAUGAGAUGAUGGCGAAAUGUUUCAAUUGCCUAACCAUUACACCAUGUGCCCAACGAAA